GCUGGCACCGUGGACCAUCAGGCUGCGAGCCAGUGCAUGUGCCCAAACUGUGCCAAGAAGUUCCAAAGGGUCAUCUAUGUCUACCGAAACGGCUAUGACACCCUGGCCUCCUACUUCCGCUUUCGCAUGGGCCUAGGCCAAGUACGGGAUCCUACCUCUUUCCCGAGCUUCAUCAACAACAGGAGGAUGUAUCCGGGCGUCUCAUGGGCUGACCACAUUCGAUCUUGGCAGCAUGCUGCGCGGGAAAACUCCAAGCUGAAGAUCCUCUG